AUGAUUAGGGCUAUAAUGAUUUUUAAUAAUCAUGGCAAGCCGCGCUUGAUGAAGUUCUUCGAAUAUUACAGUGAAGAAAUUCAACAGCAAAUCCUGCGCGAGACUUACCAUCUUGUAUCCAAACGUGAUGACAAUGUCUGCAAUUUCUUGGAAGGAGGAAGUUUAAUAGGUGGAGAUUCUGGUUACAAAUUAAUCUAUCGACACUAUGCCACCUUAUACUUUGUCUUUUGCGUCGACUCUUCCGAAAGUGAACUUGGAAUUCUUGAUUUAAUUCAGGUUUUCGUUGAAACACUGGACAAACACUUUGAAAAUGUAUGCGAACUCGAUCUAAUCUUCCAUAUUGAUAAGGUGCAUUAUAUCCUGGCUGAAAUAGUUAUGGGAGGAAUGGUUUUAGAAACGAAUAUGACGGAUGUUUUAACUCACUUAGAUGCUCAGGCCAAGACAGAAAAAUCAGAGGCUGGAAUUACUGCUGCUCCAGCACGCGCUAUCAGUGCUGUUAAAAGUAUGGGACCGAAUGUAUCUAUGCCCCAUAUGCCUCAUUUCAAUUUCAAAAGCCACUAA